UUCCCAGCGGUUAGGCCCCGUCACGUGAUGGGCUCGUCGCUCCGCCGUCACGUGAUGCCUGUCCGCAGCCUCUGCUCUCCUCGGCGUGCGCCCCCAUCAGCCUGACGCGCCCCCGGCGGCGGCCCGGCAGCCCUGGCUCCUCGCGGGCUCGGGCGGCGGCUGCGGCGGGGCUAUGGCGAGCGACGGUGGCGGUGGUAACAUCGGCGUGGGUGGGGGACCGGGGCUGGGCCUGAGCCUCGGCCUCGGUCUGAGCCUAGGCAUGGGUGAGGCCACCGGCGAGGCGGAGGAGGAGGCGGCCACGGCCGAGGCAGUAGGACGCCUAGCCACGACGCUGUGGCUGCGGCUCCGCGGCUGGGAGGCCGUGCUGGCGGCAGCGCAGCGGCUGCUGGUGUGGGAGAAGCCGCUGCACAGCCUGGUCACAGCGGCCGCGCUCAACGGCCUCUUCUGGUUGCUGUCUUCGUCGUCCCUCCGGCCGUUCUUCCUACUCAGCAUCUCACUUUUGGCCUAUUUUCUGCUGGAUCUCUGGCAGCCUCGCUUCCUCCCUGACGUUUCAGCAUCAUCUCCAGAGGAGCCACACUCUGACGGUGAGGGCGCGGGGUCAGGCGCCCGGCCGCACCUGCUCAGUGUGCCUGAGUUGUGCAGAUACCUGGCUGAGAGCUGGCUCACCUUCCAGAUUCACCUGCAGGAACUGCUGCAGUACAAGAGGCAGAAUCCAGCUCAGUUCUGUGCUCGAGUGUGCUCUGGCUGUGCUGUGCUGGCAGUGCUGGGACACUAUGUUCCAGGAAUUAUGAUUUCCUACAUAGUCCUGCUGAGUAUCCUGCUGUGGCCCCUGGUGGUUUAUCAUGAGUUGAUCCAGAGGAUGUACACACGCCUUGAGCCCCUGCUCAUGCAGCUGGACUACAGCAUGAAGGCAGAAGCUGAUGCCCUGCAUCACAAACACGACAAGAGGAAGCGGCAAGGGAAGAGCGCACCCCCAGGAGGUGAUGAGCCAUUAGCAGAGACAGAGAGUGAAAGCGAGGCAGAGCUGGCUGGCUUCUCCCCAGUGGUGGAUGUGAAGAAAACAGCACUGGCCUUGGCCAUUACAGACUCAGAGCUUUCAGAUGAAGAGGCUUCUAUCUUGGAGAGUGGAGGCUUUUCUGUAUCCCGGGCUACAACUCCGCAACUGACUGAUGUCUCUGAGGAUUUGGACCAGCAGAGUCUGCCUAGUGAGCCGGAGGAGGCCCUGAGCCGGGAGCUGGGGGAGGGAGAGGAGGCAGAGUUGGCCCUUCCUGAAGACCUGCUGGGUCCCCCUCAGGCCCUCUCAAGGCAAGCUCUGGACUUGGAGGAAGAGGAAGACAUGGCAGCCAAGGAAACCUUGCUUCGGCUCUCAUCCCCCCUUCACUUUGUGAACACACACUUCAAUGGGGCAGGGUCCCCCCCAGAUGGAGUGAAGUGCUCCCCUGGAAGACCAAUGGAGAUGCUGAGCCUAGAGGCAGUGAGUGGUGACCUCACUGCUCCGCCCAGCACCCUGUCACCCCCACUUUGCCUUGCUGAAAGUGACCCAGUCCCCUUCCCCUCCGUGCUCCCACCUCUUCCCCAGGACUCACCCCAGCCCCUGCCUGCCCCUGAGGAAGAAGAGGCACUCACCACUGAGGACUUUGAGUUGCUGGAUCAGGGGGAGCUGGAGCAGCUGAAUGCAGAGCUUGGCUUGGAGCCAGAGACACCCCCAAAGCCCCCUGAUGCACCACCCCCUCCACUCCUGGUGUCCGACACCCAUUCUCUGGUACAGUCAGACCAAGAGGCUCAGGCCAUGGCAGAGCCAUGAGCCAUGGGGGAAGGAGCUGCAGGCACAGUAGGGCUUCCUGGCUAGGGGCGUUGCUGUUUCCCCCUUUCCCUACUACUCUGGGAAGGCGCAAUGUGUAGGGAAGCUGGCUGUCAGAUGGUAGCCAGUCCACCUCUGUCUGCCUGCCUGCCUGCCUGCCUGCCUGCUUGCUGUCCCAGGCCGGGUGCAGCACCUGUUCCUAGGACUGGUUUUAAGUUUGUAAAUAAUUUUCAACUUGGGUUAGUGGAUGUGAAGAGGGCUAAGGAAGUCCUUCCUACAGCCUACACUUGCCUCCCUGCCUCAUCCCUAUUCUCAUUCCACUAUGCCCCAAGCUCUGGUGGUCUAGCCCUUUUUCCUCCUAUCCUCAGGGACCUGUGCUGCUCUGCCCUCAUAUCCUACUUGGUUGUUUAGUUCAGGCACUUUAUAAUUUUCCUCUCCUGUCCUGUACUCUCUGCUUUAUUUCUCUGCUGUUUCCUGUCUUUAGUAGCUCAAUCCCCACCCUUUGUCAACUCCUCCUGCCCAGCAGGAACUGGCUAAGCUUUAGAGAGGCUCCUGGUCUGAGAGGUAAAGAGUAAAUUGAGGGGGGUGGGUCAGGCCAGUAGUGACACACUUAGGUCACAGUAGCCUGUGUAACCUCCACUGUACCCUUGCCCUAAUUCAGCCUGGCCUUUCAUGGUGCGGGAAGAAAGCAGGGAUCCCACAGCAUAGGUGCCAGCCUUGAGGUUGGUGAGUAUGUCCUCUGUCUUGUUGAGAUGAAAGGCUUCCUUACAGUCGUAUGGGGAAGAAAGAAACCUCCUGUGGGCCCUGGGUGGUCCAAGUGCAGUGGGACCCUCUACUAGGUUCAGAAAGUGGACAUAACAUCUGUGCAGGUGGUGACUGGAAAAAUAAAGUGUUGAUUGGCUAGAA